AUGGCAAUACACCAACAUAGACGGCGGCAGGAUGUAGGCAGCCGAAUCGACAAUCCAGACAUUACUGGCAGUAUCCCAAGGCCCUCCUUAGACACCUCGAUUGAUGGCGACAUCGUCACUGCAUCGGCCGUCGAGACCUUCACCACAGCCACUGGCGUCUUUGCGAUCACUUCUACGGUAAAUGGCCAACCUACGACGAUACUCUCGACGGGCGAAAUUCCUAUUACCGAUGGCGCGCAAUACACCUCAAUUCUAUCCUCAGAGUCUGCUUCACGAGCUGCCGCGAACGCAUCAAAGACCGCAGCCACGUCCUCGAGCCCGUCCGAGUCCUCCUCUGGGGGUGGUGCCAACCUUGGAACAUUGAUACCCGCGAUCGUUGUGCCGGUGGUAGUCGUCCUACUCGCUUCCUUCGGCGGCUUCUGGUUCUGGAUGAGGAGGCGGCAUCGCAAAGAGCUACAAAAUACAGACUUCGCCAUGGCCGGCAAAGGCGAAAAGCUAAACAGCAGGUCAAACAGCAGCAGAUCUGGACCUCCAACAGCGACAGCAGCCGAAAAGGCCACGGCUGAUGUGAAGGUCACAGAACUGUCGCUGCCUCAGACUAUGGCCGACUCAGGACCGCGAGACUCGUACGAAGCUAUUGGUAUGGCUCGUGCUGACGACUACGACCGACGACAGAACGAUCCUCGGACAAGAAGUCCAAAUAUGCCAUUCAGUGGCACGGGAGACCAUGGCCAGCAGAAUUUCAGCGGACCUCGACCCAACACCGCCAAGAACCGACCACCGCCUUCGAGAGGGGAGCACCAGAGUCGGAACAGGAGCAACAGCUCGCCUGGCAAUCGUGGCCCUCCGCCUUCUGGCUACAGAGGUCCACGUGGCCCGCCGCCGCCACAAGAUAUUGGUCCUAGUCCAAUAAUGCGUAAUCACGCAUCGCCUUCCAUGGGCUCUGGACCGAUGCGAGGUCCACCACCUCACUCCCAGCCUCGAGCGGCCCCUACUCCUCCAGGGCCGGGAAAGAUGAGAGCACCUUCACCGACGAUGGGGAUCAACAGGUCUAAUGCUCCACCAGCACUCUCUCAACCACCACCCGGUGCCUUCAAUGGCGCCUCACCAAUAUCACAAUACUCUCCUAUUGUGAAAGACACACCCAACAUCGGCGCGGUGGCCACGUUCGGCGGCAGUCCACCAAAGAUCUCCCACUCGCGAGACGGUAGUAACAAGCCACCGCCCAUCAAUACGUCCGCUCUUGACCCACAAGCCGCCGGUCUCGGCUUAGCAGCUGUCGCUCUCACAAAAGACAAGUCGCGCUCCCCUUCACCACGAUCGCCAGAAGAGUCCUUCCUGACCGAAGAGAAUAUGCGAAUCGCGCGUCUCGCCAAUUCCAGCAGACUCGGCUUCAACACCUCGAAACCUACAUCACCAGGCCCCAACAAUCUGACCCAUUCACAACCACAACAAGCAACGACCACAACCCGCGACUUCUCGAAACCACUCGGAUUCAAGAAGUCCGGUCAAGACUCACCACGAGGAGGCAUGAGCUCGCCCCUCAUGCCCCUCAACACCGCCCACUCCGCCCCAGGCCAAUCUCCCGCCGCGACCUCGACCACCAACCCCUCACCCAAACUCCCGCCUCCAGCCACAUACUCCCAACUCAUCCCCUCCGACUCACCCCGCGACGAGAAGAAGCCUCAGUGGAACUACUUCGGCAACCUCCCGUCGAACAUAAACUCCAAUACCGACUCGCCGACCAGCUCAGUAUACUCUGGCUUGCCGCACACACGUCCGCUACCGGCGAGUCGGAACGGCCCAAUCAGCCGGUCCGACGAUAGAGACGACGAUCAGAAGAGCGAGAUCUCGGAUCUGGCGGAAUACGAGGACAUUGACGCCAAGUCCGACGUUAGCAGUCUGAACGAGUUCGAGCGAUUCGACUUUGAUAGUCAGAGAGGGUCAAGGGGGAGUGAUAGUGUUGGUGGGGUAGGCUCGAGGUUGCGUUGA